GCGGCGCGGCCCUGGCUGUCAGCAGCGCCCGAGCGGCCAUGGGGCAGCGCGGCCGCCGGGGCCGCUGAGACCGCCGAGCCCCGGCCCGGCCCGGCGCGGCCCCGGCGCCGCCAUGGAGCUGGAGCCACCCGCCGAGCUCCCGGAGCCCCGCGCCGCCAGCAAGGGGCCGCCCCACAGCGCUACAGAUGUGGAGCAGAUGAGUUCCUCUUCUCCUGUCCUCCCUAUGAACUCCAUGGGCAAUGAGCGGGUGGAUCAGCGAACCUGCCUGAUCUGCGGGGACAGAGCCACGGGGCUGCACUAUGGCAUCAUCUCCUGCGAGGGCUGCAAGGGCUUCUUCAAGAGGAGCAUCUGCAACAAGCGCGUGUACCGCUGCAGCCGCGACAAGAACUGCGUCAUGUCCCGCAAGCAGCGCAACCGCUGCCAGUACUGCCGGCUGCUCAAGUGCCUGCAGAUGGGCAUGAACCGCAAAGCAAUCAGGGAGGAUGGCAUGCCAGGGGGCAGAAAUAAAAGCAUCGGACCUGUCCAGAUAUCAGAGGAAGAGAUUGAAAGAAUUAUGUCUGGGCAAGAAUUUGAGGGAGAGGCAAACAUGUCAUGGAGCAACAAUGGAGACAGUGACCACAGUUCCCCUGGAAAUGGAGUUUCUGAAAGCAACCAGCCUUCACCUGUUUCUACUCCAUCUUCAAGUAGGUCGGUGGAGCUGAACGGGUUCGCUGCACUCAGGGAUCAGUACCUGGGCACGCCGGUGUCCACGCACUACCAGUACCUGCCGCACCUUUUUAGCUACUCGGCGCACUCGGCGCUGCUGGCGCCGCCGCCGCGCAGCCUGGAGCCGCAGUCGCACGGGCUGGUCAGCCAGCUGCUGUGUGCCGAGGACCUGCAGCCCCUCGGCACCCCCAUGCUCAUCGAGGACGGGUAUAAAGUGACUCAGGCAGAGCUGUUUGCGUUGCUGUGUCGUCUGGCGGAUGAAUUGCUUUUCAGGCAGAUUGCUUGGAUCAAGAAGCUGCCGUUCUUCUGCGAACUCUCCAUCAAGGACUAUACCUGCCUGCUCAGCUCCACGUGGCAGGAGCUGAUCCUGCUCUCCUCGCUGACUGUUUACAGCAAGCAGAUCUUUGGUGACCUUGCAGAUGUUACCUCCAAGUACUCUCCCUCUGAUGAUGAGCUGCACAGGUUCAGUGAAGAGGGGAUGGAGGUGAUGGAGCGGCUGAUCUACCUCUUUCGCAAAUUCAACCAGCUGAAGGUCAGCAACGAGGAGUACGCGUGCAUGAAAGCCAUCAACUUCCUAAACCAAGAUAUCAGGGGUCUGACCAACGCCUCGCAGCUGGAGCAGCUGAACAAGCGGUACUGGUACGUGUGCCAGGACUUCACAGAGUACAAAUACCCCCACCAGCCAAACCGCUUCCCAGACUUAAUGAUGUGUCUGCCAGAGAUUCGCUAUAUUGCAGGAAAAAUGGUGAAUGUCCCCCUGGAGCAGCUGCCUCUCCUGUUUAAGGCCGUUCUACAUUCCUGCAAGACGAGUGUGAGCAAGGAGUGAGCAGCUGGCCCCGGCCGCUGCCUUAUGCUGAGCCUCGGGCCAGGAGAGGGGCAAACGCAUCCAGGCAGGAGACAGGGCAGGGGGCCUCCCUGCCCUUGUAGCAAGAAUCUUUUUUUUGUUUGUUUUUUUGUUUUUUUACUCUUUUUCCUAUAUAUUUAUUUCACGACAGAGUUGAAUGUAUGAUCUUCAACACGAUGCACAUGGUUCUGUAAGAAUGCAGCAGAUGCAUUCUCCAGCAGUUUACAGAAUGUGAAGAUGUUUAAUGUUACAGUGUUUGUUAGGGUUAGUUCUUUUGUAUUUGGGGCUGGGGACCGAGAUGACUAAGACUACCUCAAGGAGAAGAUGCUGUUCUCGCACUGCUCUUUCCAUGAUUUGCAUCCAAAGCAUUUGUCAUAGAGAGCAAACGUUGACAGAGCUGUUAUAUCUCAAAGGGACGACUUUGGAGAAGUGGGUGCUAGAGAAGUGCCAAGCUUUUUCUUUCAUUUUAAAUAGGCAGGGAGUGGAGAAAGAGAAGUCUGUCUAGGCAGUUGGAUUCUUUUCCCUGGCAGUUUCCAUAUGCAGGUUUCCAUGGGAUGGCAGUGCUCUGAGGGGCUCCCUGGCCCUGUCCUGUCUGGGGAGCUGCAGGUGGGGUCUGCCCCAGCCCCUCCUGGCCAGCCACCCUCUUACUACUGCCACAGCACUUGCCAAUUCCUCUGAAAUGGUGUUCCUGCAGUUCAUAACAGGCUCCUGGCAUUACACAAAGGUGCUGCUGUUGCUAGAGAACAGCAAGGACUUUAUCAUCACUUCCUUAAAAUCCAUUUUAGGUUUACAAAAGCAGGAAAAACCUACUUAGAGAAGAGGCAGGAUUGCCCCUGUUAAUGUGUUCCUCCAACAUGGUACCUGACUCCAGAGGCUUCUGCAUUGCAGCAAUCCCUGUUUUGGGAGCAGUUAGUGUAUCCUGUGUAAAAUGGGGCCUGUGUAGUGGGGUGAGAGACUUCAGUGUCCUCUGGCAUGGAUUUCUCUGCUGGACUCAGGGAAUGGGUGUUCCAUAGUUGUAUCCUGCCAGGACUGCCCUGUUCUUUGUGGAAUCCCAGGGAAAGCAAUAUUACUGCUGUACUUGAUUACCUGCUGUGUUUUGGGUGUUGCAAGGCUUGGAUUUUCCAUCUCACAGGCUCUCCACAAUUCCAGGUGGAGAACUGGUUUAAUGACAGCUGAUCAGCUGAUUGAGUGAUUGCUGAGUGCUGGUGUUUAGCUAAACUUGGGCAUUCUCGUGACUGACCUGAUGGUUUCCUGCUCAUGGUGGGGAGGUUGGAUGAGAUGCUCUUGAUCUCAUCUCCUUCAUUAGGAAUUAAUACUCAGUCACUCUCCUAGACUGCCUUGGCUGGAUUUCCUUCCCUUCCUCCUUAGAUGUAAAUCUGGCAUUCGCUUAGUGAGGUGAUAAGUGUUUGAAUGCUAAUUUAAAAAUACUUCUGGGAACAGCUUUUGUUCCUUCAGGGCAGGAGGGACGAGUCACCACCUUUGGUGACAGCAGAGUGGCACAGAGCGAGCAGGGCUGCAGCUGCUGUGCACAAAUGUGAUGGUGAGCAGGAGAAAAACCCCAUUCACCAAAGUCGUCUCUCCCUCCCUGCCUGGCCCAGCGGGUGCUCCCUGGGCUGCAGCCCAAGGGGGCUGUGACCUGCUGGCUCAUCCCACUCAGGCAUCUCCCAGCUCAACGGUUUCCCUCUUCUCAAAGUCCAUAGCUGUCCAUUUUUCAUUAUUUAAGCAGGAUGUUACGGGUAACAGCUGCUGGGCACAGCAGCAGCUCAGCUCGGUGGAGCUUCGCACCCAAAGGUGGUUCCAUAAAUCUCAUUUCCUUUCUGCCAGUACAAUGAGACACGUAUUCUCAGGAAAGCCUUCUGCAUACAGCCCAUACCUCAUGUGUUCAGGGGAAGAUUUUAGUGUAUCUGUUUGUAAGUUAGAAUGUAUUUCUCAGCUAUUAAGUUUAAUUUCCAAAUAGCUUGAUGUGAUCUUUUUAUUACGGGUUAUUUCUGGCUUGCUGUUUUAAACACUCAAGGAAUUGUUAAAAUUGCAUAGGAGUAAUUUUAUUCUACAGUUACUGAAUUAUUAUAAUUUGUUGAUGAAUAAGUGUUUUAAUUAGUGUACAUAAAAGCAGUCAUCUUGUUGCCAACUAUCCAACAAAAAUAAUCUAUUGGGUAAUCUGUGGUUUUCAAAAACAGCCUCCCAAAAGUAGUGCUGUACCAACAACAACCAAAAGCCUAAAUUCAGUUAUGAUGACAAACAGUCAUGGAUGUUCCACUUUUCUGUUGUAGAAAGCAAAUUUUACAAAGGUUGAUUGGCAGCAGUAUCCGUUCCCAAAUACACAUUUGCCAUAGGGAGUAGAAAAUCCUUCCUGAACUGACAGGUAAGGAAGCAGCAAACAGACCAGACGGAAUCACUGGACAGUCAUUCCUGAUAUCUUCUGCACCAAGUCCUCUAAUGACUUGUAUUUUUUAAACAGGGUAAUGUGAAUGUGUUGCAUUGCAAACUCAGGUAUUAUGAGAAGGUAGGAAUGUAGCUAGAGACGUAGAGAUGUUAGGUAGAUGUAUUUGUGAAUUUGGUUUGAAGGACACCCUGGAAAGGCUGGAAUUUUUGUUCCAUUCUUCAUGUAACAUUCAGUUUACAGGGACUCAUAUUUUAUUUGUGCUUAAUGCUACUAGGGGGAAGUUCAUUAUCUUUGGUAUCUAUCUGCUCUUGCUUAUCUGACCUUCUGUCAUAGAGAAAUCUAUCAACAAUAAUAGUCUUUGGUAGAAUUUUCUGCCAUGACAAGUCAAUUUUUAUCCCCGAUUUGAAAGACAGAUUGGCUGGCUGACCCCCUCUUCUCCUUCAAAGCAUCUGUGCAGGUAGAAAGCUGAAGAGUUACUUUUAAUCUGAACAGAGAUUUGGGACAUAAAUUUGAGGCACUCAGGCUCCUGUGCUCAGGGGAGGCUGGAAGGGGUCCCUGCUGAAGGGGCUCAGUCUCAGGAGAAUGUCAGACCCCGGGACCCCAACAAAACCUUCUGGAAAGUGAGUUUUCCUCCAGUUCAGCUCAGGCUCCUGCCAGGUGGGCUGAGCCUUGGCUCCUCAGUGUGGGUCAGUUGCCAUUCCCUGUUGUCACCCCUGGGCAGGGAAUGAGCUGUGAGCUGUGCCAGUGCCCAAUGCUCUCACUUCUGCACAGGCACUGCAUGCUUUGGGCCAUCAGGGAGCAUCUGGAUUCUUCUGUAAUUCUUAAAUUCAGAGAUUUAAUUCUUAAACCUUUUGCCAUCUCCUGUCACACACAGGAUAAAGGAAGAACAUGGCAUUUUCAGUGACCAGUGGUCAGUGGCAUUGCCAGCUGCAGGGCAGCUGCACAGGGGAGCUGCCACCCUGGCACACCCAUUUUCCCAAUUCUGGGGUGUUGUUUUGAGGGAGCCCAUGAAAGGGAGGGGUGCCAGGGGUGCUGGCAGGGCUCCUGGGCUGCUCUCACUCCCCUCCCAUGCAAAGGCUCAUUUGCCUUUCCUGCUGUCCCUCCCUGUGCCAGCAGGAUCUGUCCUUGCUCCUCAGGCUUCUGCACAGACCCACAGCCACUUCAGCUAAAGGAGUUAGUGUCUUGUCCUUCAAACCAACUUUAAAAAAAAAAACAAAACAAAAAAAAAAAAAAAACCACUUGAAUUUCUUUUAUCUUUACUACAUUUUUUAAAAGGAAAAAAAGAAAAAAAAAGAUUCUCCUGUGAAUGUGCUAUUUCCCAUUCAUUCUUUCUUCCUUCUUGGUUUUGAUUUGAAGCUAUGAAGCUCAGUGUCUGUGAAAAUGUUGUUAUUUCUCAGGAUAAUAAGCGGCAAUCAUCCCUGCCACAUGAAAGGCAGGAGAAAGGGGGAAACUUGGGGAACUAGUUAAAGUAUGAAACUAAUUUUUAAGUUGUAGAUGAUGUGUAAAUGGAGGGGAGUGCAUAGCUAUCAGUAUCAAGCUAUGGCGUUUCUCUGGGUUCACGGUGUAUUGUUUCAAUGCACAGAAGCUCAGGGAUAAGUAUUUAAAAUGUGACCCAGAGAAACCCUGGUUUUGAUGUUGCAACAGUUGCUUCUUUCCCGACUUGUCCGGAAAACCUGCUCAGAGCUGAUUAAAGCCCCAUACAGGGAUUUUGGGGGAAAAGCUUUGGGUUUGGCUGUGGGAGUUUGUCUGCUGGGGACCAGCUCUGUCUGUGGGUAUCAAUUUCUGCCCCUAUCCCUCUGCCUUUGGUGUUAAAAGUCUGACUGUUCAUGGAAAAGAGGAAACAGGAAUUUUUUAUUGUGUCCCUGGCAGCCAGUUGCAGGGCUCUGUACUCUGUUGCUUUUGAAUUCUUAAUUUUCAUUAGUACAAUUUUCUUACUAUGGUUGUAGGCACAGUCAGAUAGUUUGAGAAGGGCACUGGUGUGUGACUCUGGUUGGGUUACAGCUGCUAUGAGUGUCCAAAUGGCCCUGUCCAGCCAGAGACACAGCCAGCACUGGGUCAGCAAAGUUUGAAACCACCUCCCAGUGCCCUCAGCCAGGAUCUGCAAAUCUGAGUUUAAAUCAGCCUUGCAAAAAGCUGGGAAGGCAAAUCAAGGCAGUGUCUUCCCCUUGGAAAAAAAAAAAAAAAAUUAAAAUAGCUCCUGUGAGCUGUCCUCUGACAAGUCUGUGAAAGAAGCAACAUGGUUCAGUGGAAGAAAUGCCCCCAAGGGCAAAAAGAAACAGAAAUUGAGACCAGAUGACGAUCAACAUUAACAAAGCCUUUUGUGAUUCAUUGUUUUCUUUCAAUUUAUAAAAUGUCUUGUAAUAGUUGAUAACAUUAUUGACUCAAUUUCCAUAACUAAACUACCUCGUGUGACAUCCUGUUUAUCAUCUCAAAGGGAUUGUGUGAAAAACUAAACACUGCCAGUGUCUGUUGCCAGCCAGGAGCAGGGGCUGUGAGUACUGGAGUUGUGUUUCCCUUCCCUUGGGCUGGGGCUUGGCCCCUGUCACUGCUGAGUGUCCCAUGCCUGAGGAUGAGCUCUGCUGUCCCUCCCUGGGGAGGAUGUGGCUCAUGGCAGUUUGGGUUUUGUCGGUGCCCAUCAAGCCACAAGCCUGGUUCCAGCUCAGUCCUGGUGCAGAGGCUGCAUUUGUAACCUGGGACCUCACAGGACCUCGCAGCUCCUCGUGUGCCCAUCCUGGGUCAGGUUUGUGUCAGCCCUUUGCUGGUUUGAGGGAUGUUUCCAAGAGGCUCAGUCCCAGUUUGUUGGGUCCUUCUCGGUGACGUUCCCAGUGAUGGUUUCUCCGUUCAUUUUUCUCACAAUCCCUUGUGUAAAUCAGGGAAGCAGGAUGUUGCCUCGGCACGACACACGGUGAGCAUUGGCACACUCAGAGCCAGGGCUGGGACAGGAGGGUGUGUCUGUCCCUGUGUCACCACGGGGCCACAGGCACCGGGAGCUGUCCCCUCACCGCGCCACGACAAAUGAAUGUUUCUGCUGGCAGCUCCCUGCCAGCCCGGCCUGCCCUGCCCCUGCUCUGCUCUGGGACUUGACUACCUGUGGAAAUGUGACCAAUAAGUGUUGAAUGCAUGUUUAGUGAGUGUUUAGCUGUAUGAACUAAUAAAUGUGAAAUGUUCUGCA